AUGAAACACAAUCUUUCAUUCUUGAUUAAGGUUUUGGCCUUACAAUGUCUGGCAGUCCUGUGUGCUUCUCAAGGCUUCGAUUUCUUUUACUUUGUUCAACAGUGGCCCGGAUCAUACUGUGACAGCAAGCAAGGUUGUUGCUAUCCAAGAACUGGGAAGCCAGCCUCGGAUUUCAGUAUUCAUGGGCUUUGGCCCAAUUAUAAUGAUGGCUCCUACCCAUCAAACUGUGAUCCAGAAGCUCAAUUUAAUCCAUCCCAGAUUUCAGACCUCACGAGCAGAAUGCAGAAGGACUGGCCAUCACUAUCCUGUCCAAGUAGUGAUGGCUUGAGCUUCUGGAGCCAUGAAUGGGAGAAACACGGGACCUGCUCGGAAUCCAUCCUUGACCAGCAUGAUUACUUUGCAUCUGCUCUACUCCUCAAAAGACAAUCCAACCUCUUGCAAAUCCUGAAAAAUGCAGGAAUUCAACCAAAUGGGCAAUAUUACAGUUUGGAUGGCAUCAAAGCGGCAAUUAGAGGUGGAAUUGGGUACACUCCCUAUAUCGAGUGCAAUGUCGACCCAUCUGGCAAUAGCCAAUUAUAUCAGAUAUACGUAUGCGUCGAUACAUCCGGAUCAAACCUCAUCGAAUGUCCUGUGCUGCCACGUGGCAAGUGUGGUUCCAGGAUUGAAUUUCCUUCAUUUUAAAUUUAAUCCAUGUUCACUGGACUUUAACAAAAUAUAUAUAGAUUUACUUUUUUAUUUGAUCCAGCAAAUGACUAGUAGUUAAUAGUCAAAUUACAAUUUGCUUUACUUCGCCUUUGCUGUAA